GACGGUUGCGGAGAAUUCAUGCCGUCUCCUUCUUCAACACCUUCCGAUCCAACUUCUCUCAAGUGUGCAGCUUGUGGUUGUCACCGUAACUUCCACCGCCGUGAACCUGACGAUUCCUCCUCUGUUCCACCACCGUCUCUUCUUCCAUCUUCAUCCACAACCGCCGCAAUUGAGUAUCAACCUCAUCACCGUCACCACCCUCCUCCUCCGCUAGCUCCUCCGCUUCCUCGUAGUCCUAGUUCAUCUUCUCCGACAGUAGCUGAGGGAGACAGGAAGAGGACCUGUGAGUUUGUUGUUGGCCAAGGAGACGGACCUCAAGGACCCGCAUUGCUCGAAGAACCCGUCUGGGAUCCGACCCGAGAGACUAUUGCCGCUGAAAUCGACGACUUGGAGGCUGCCGGUUUAAUGACCGGUUCAAUUGGAGGCGUAGUUUUAAGGAUGAAUCCGAAACCAACCCAGUUAGAAUCAUUCAUUGACCAUGAUCUGGAGAACCCUAUAGAUUUCACGAAUUCAUCUGCCAUGUUCUACCUGAAGAUCAAGACUCCAAAAGAGCAAUGGCCUGUUGGAGAACCUGAAUACGGAUGGCUAACAGAUGUGCAAUUGGCUCCAAUCAUGCAAAUGCUCUGGAAAAGGUCAAUGCAAACUGUAUCUCCAUUUUUGACUGAUAGGAUUGCAUUCCUUGAUCCCUGGUUUGUGUAUAAUGGGGAAUCUCCAAAGAAUGGAAAGACAUACAAGAAGUGGGUAAAGGAUACAGAUAUUCUUUACCUUACUCACAACAUUGGGAAAGAUCAUUGGGUAGCUUUUGAGGUUAAUUUAGCCAUGCGGAGGAUCAAAGUGUAUGAUAGCAUCUGCUCCUGCUACAGUGAUGGGAUAAAAACAGCUCCACAAAACUAUCAAACAAGAGAUUGUGGCGUACUUUCUGCAGAGGUUUUUGAUGAGGUCCCAGAUUCCGGUUGUUUCAUCCAAAUGUCAGACCCUCGUGGUAAUGAUACCGUAGUGACUGCCUCUGAAAAUUACUUGUAUGCACAUUUGGUCGGAGCUCUUGUGAAAUGGAUAAAGCUUGGGUUUGGUUGCCAAGGUAUUAAACCUGGUGCUUAUUUAUGGAGACCUACUAUGAAAGGUUCAUCAUUUAUGGGUGAUGCACUAAAUGAGAUCAUCACAUGGCCUGCUGAUAGGAUACAAAUACCUCUGUCUACACUUGAUGAAUCAACGAAAAAAUCAUCACCUCUGCAGAGUGGCACUAACAGUACUGGUGCAAGCAAAGGCUCCAAAAAGAAUUGCUUUCUAUUAGAUUGUGAUAAUUCUGGGGAGCAAGUUGCAAUAGGUCGUGUCUGUUCCACUGAUCCAGAAGACAAGGUCCAUCUCUGUCCUUUAGGUCCCAAUGCUAGCAAGAUCUGGGUAGAGGUUUCCAAGAUUGAUGGUGCACGAGUGUGGAGACCAAAUUCUGAAAUUCAAGUAAUAUCUGAUGCAGUAGGAAACUGGGUGGCUUGGCCUAACAAGCAUAUUGUAUUCAUGUGAGCAUAAGUUUGUGUCAAAAAACAUUGUUCUAUCUC